UGAUGACAGCUGUCGCCCCGAUUAUAAAAUAAACAUUGCGAAACGUAAAUAUUAAAGUAGCGGUAUCUGACUGCUCCAGCCUCGCGGUUCCCGUUUAAAUUUUCGGUCGACUUGAGACGAAAAUAAAAUACCAAAUUACUGCUCUUCUAACGUGUUGUUUCGUUCGGCAGAUUUUAAAAACCUGUAAGACAUUGCACAAGUGGCGUUCUGUAGCUAAUACUGGUGAAUAUUGCUAAAUAAAAUCGUAGCGGUGAUUCUCUAUUACCUAUUGAGCCGGUUAGCAGUGGCAAAGUCUGAGUAUUUUUAUCAAACCUAGAGGUGAAAAUUAUCAUAUCCGAAUUUGAGUAAACCCGGAAGACAUAGAGAAACGUAAUAAAAACGUUCAACUCGUUGAAUUACAUUCGACUACCUACUACACUAGUGACUAUGACCGGCCCCACAAUGUCCAGCGGAGGCAAAAAGUUAUCCAUGAGCAAGCUGAAUGAACUGAACACGCUGGUUGAUUCGUUGAUCAAGCAUAGCUUCCUCAAAACCGCCAACAUCAACGAGCAGUUCAAGCAGUACCAGGAGAUGUACUCGGUGCUGGAGCGCAUCCGAAAGGUAGAAUCGGAACUGAAGCUGAAAACCAACAACGGAAAACCUCGGCAGGCCAAUAUUGAAACGUUCUGCCGGUGGGCCAGGGAGCAGGGUUGCCAGUUCGAUGGAGUUAAAAUUUCCGAAUUUUCCGGUUUCGAGCUGGGCCUGGAAGCGACCAAAGAUUUCCAAGCCGGUGAUCUGUUUGUGACCGUACCGAAAAAGUUGAUCUUUUCCGUCACGGCCGACACCAAGAUCCCGGACAUAAUGAAGGACAUCCCGGUAAUGAUGGUGCAGAAUCUGUCGAAUUUGAUGCUGGCGUUGCUGCUGAUAGUGGAACGGUUUCAGCCGAACAGUGCUUGGAAACCGUACCUGGAUGUGCUGCCAGAUCGGUACUCGACGGUGUUGUAUUUUAGUCCGACCGAUAUGGCCGAACUGAAGGGAACCAGCGCUUUCGGGCCGUCGUUGAAUCAGUGUAAGAACAUCGCCCGGCAGUACGGAUUCGUGAAGAAGUUCAUCCAGGCGAAAACGCCCCUGCUGAAGGAUAAUUUUACCUAUGAUUUGUACUGCUGGGCCGCAUCGACGGUAAUGACCCGCCAGAAUUUGAUACCGGUCAAUUUGAGGGAUCCCGAGUCUAGCAGCACUGGCGACGCGGACAACACUGCUGGCACAGAUACCGAUGAAUUCGGAACCAACCCGGUGCUGAUUCCGUUCUGGGAUAUGGCCAAUCAUAUGAAUGGGGAAAUUACGACUGGGUAUAACGAGCAAUCGGAGAGAGUGGAAAGCCUUGCGCUGAAGGACUUCCGGAAGGGAGAGCAGAUAUUUAUCUACUAUGGCAACCGAAGCAAUGCGGAUUUUCUCGUGCACAAUGGCUUCGUCUUUCCGGACAACACCAAUAGCACCGUGUCGAUGCAGCUAAGUCUGAACGCAGCGGACGAGCUGUUCGAGCAAAGGAAAAAAUUGCUUGAGACGCUGAAGCUCUCAACCGCCGGUGAUUACACCGUUCAACGAGGCACAAAUUGCAUUUCAACGGAGCUACUAGGAUUUGCCCGUGUUUUCAAUAUGACCAAAGAACAACUCGCACACUGGAUCGCCCAGGAAGAGUCAGUUACCAAGAACUUGCUGGAUCCAAACCACGUCCUGGACGAAGCACUUGAACGGAAAGUAUGGAAGUUCUUAUCCAUCCGAUUGCAAUUGUUGCUGCGAAUGAGUGGCACCACACUGGAACAGGAUGAGGCCCUGUUGGCCACUCAGAGUCAGAAGGGUGCCCCGAAACUGGGGCACAUUCGGGCGAUGCUAGUGCAGUACCGGGUGGUGGAGAAAACAGUAAUUAGCGAAGCUGUCGAGUACUGUAAGCAGAAGGAAUCCGGUCAGUAGGGGGAUUUGGUAGGAUAAAAUUGUCAAAAUUCUCGAAUUUCUUCUCAGAUAUUUAAAACAUUUAAUGUUCUUGUAAUGACAGAGCUUCCUUCGUCUUGGAAAAAUUAAUUUGUUAUUCAUGCUCAAUUGUAGUCCACGCAGGGCCAGUAUUUUUUGCAUUGUAACCGAAGUUAUUUAAUAUAAAAUCGAAUCACUUGAUUUUA